UGACUUCCAUGGGGAGCAGGAGAUGAAAUAGGGAGGGGAAGUGUCAAGAAAACGACUGGUGAUAAAAUACUACGAGCCAUAAUUAGAAAUCAAAAAUGUCUCUCAGACUCAGAGGAGCAACGAGGCAGAAUUUGAGGUUUUGUUUGACUUAGAAGACAAAUCUGCCCACCUGAUACAAGUGUGCUGAAUGAAGAAGAGGGUCUUUACGCACAGCAUGCAGACUCCUCCCAGACAUGGCAGGAAGAAAACCUCUCGUUACAGUAGGAGCUGGCCACUGACAGACGCUCCAUCCACGCUGACUGAUGCUCAACAAGACCUGAACACGCGCCUCUAUUCACAUUUUACAACUUUUACGCACGAACAAGAUGAGAACCUUCGUUUCUUCUGUGACAGUGCUGUGGGUGAUAAUUAUCCCCUGUCUGGAGGCCAUCCACGGACUGUACAACUUUGGCCAGCAUGAACUAUUCUACAAAAAGAACAACUGCAAGCCGAUUCCUGCAAACCUCCUGCUUUGCCACGACAUAGAGUACACGGAGAUGCGCCUCCCGAACCUGCUCGGACACGAAACCAUGAAUGAAGUUCUGCAGCAAGCUUCGUCUUGGAUCCCGCUGGUGCAGAAGCAGUGUCACCCCGACACGAGAAAGUUCCUGUGCUCUCUUUUCGCUCCGGUGUGUCUGGACGACUUGGACGAGCCCAUCCAGCCGUGCAGGUCUCUGUGUGAGAGCGUCAAGCACGGUUGCGCGCCAGUGAUGUCCGCGUUUGGCUUUCCGUGGCCGUUGAUGUUGGACUGCGAGCGUUUCCCACUAGACAACGACCUGUGCAUACCACCUGCAGGCAUCGAGAACGUCGUGCCAGUCACCAAAGAGGUGCCCAGAGUGUGCGAUGCUUGCAAAGAAACUGACGAAAAUGACAACGAAAUUGUUGACAACCUGUGUAAGAAUGACUUUGCGCUGAAAAUCAAAGUGAAGGAGAUCUCAUACAUCAACGGCGACACCAAGAUCGUGCCGGAGACCAAGAGCAAGACCAUCUACAUGAUGAACGGCGUGACGGAGCGCGACCUGAGGAAGACGGUGCUGUGGCUGAGGGACGGGCUGCAGUGCAUCUGUGAGGAGAUGAACGACAUCAACGCCGCCUACCUGGUCAUGGGCCAGAAGAUGGACGGACACCUGGUGAUCACCUCACUGAAGCGCUGGCAGAAGGGACAGCGCGAGUUUAAGAGGAUUUCACGCAGCAUCCGCAAAAUGCAGUGCUAAGAAGGAGAAAAAAAAACACUUCAUGUCAGAGUUGAGGAGCAAGUUUAGUUGAGCCCUUUUUAUUGUCCCUCCAACUUUCACUUAUUCUGCUUGUAUUUGGCUCUAGAGUGAAGCAAAGGAGACAUUUCUGGUUAUUCAUUAAAUCUUAUACAUCUACAGGUAAUAUAAGGACCACAUAAAACUACAAACAUAACUUUGUGGCUUUAAUUCUCACAUCUUGGACAGUGCUUCCAUGUAACAGUAAACACUCAGUGACUUCAAUUCAUUUUUGCACUGCCCCCUAGUGGCCACUUUGGUGUCUCUCCCUGGAGAAAGGCCUCUGGCUCUGCCACCUCUUCAGUUGCAGUUAAUUGCAAUCAGCUGGUGUCCCAUGUUGCAGAGGAAUAACAAAUUACACAGUUAGAGUGAAAACUAGCAGAGCUUUGAGUGCAGGAUUAAAAACAACUCUAAUAAUCACCGGCAGAUGUAGCCUACUGUUAAGUCCUGCAGAAAGACAUUUUUCUUUUCUCUUCUGGGGGUUAAACUCUAUUCAAAACUCGCAAUAAAAGCAACUUAAAUUACAAGAGUCAAACCUCAACAUGUUGUGAUAUUCAUCAGGUGCUCAAAUGAUCCAAAAGGAGCUCUGGUUGGAUAGUUUAGAGCCCGUAGUAAAGUAUCUGCCCUUAAUCUUACAGAGAGCCAGUCGUGUCAUCGUUCCACAAAUACCAAAACUGAAUCUGCAUGGUGCAUAUUGAGUCAAGCUGUGAUCCCCGUGUGUGCGUAGUGUGAUUUGUGCUUUUGUACUCCCACCGUUUUCUCAAGCAAACAUGAGAGAUAGCUGGCUAUGUUCUCUCCCCGUUCAGCAUUUUAAUAUUCUUGGUAAACUUUUUGUACGUGAGCCACUGCAUAAUUUUCUACCACCAUAUGAUAAAAAAAAAGUAAUAUUUUUCUACUCCAGACUUUCAUAUUUCAUUUAAACUUGUGUUUUGGUUUGCGCCCUCAUUCUGUUGGAAGCAGCAUGGAUGGGGUUUUUAGGUGAAUACCUGACUUUUGGUCGGUAGUCUUUCGAUGAGCAGUAGCUUGGUAAGUAAUCAUGUGGUCGUGUGUACGUUUGAAAUGUAAAGUUUUUGUUUUUUUUCUUUUGGAAGUAUUACAAUGUAAAUAUCAAAUACUGUCAUUUAUUCUUGUAUAAAGUUUUCAGCAAUUAAAAGCGCCAACUACGUGUUUGAAGUGA